AGUGACAACACACGCGCACUGAGAUGGCAAGAGGACUGACUGAGGGACUUGCAAAGCAUCAGUGAGCUACGGCCAGUGUCUGAAGCUCACUCGAACAGUAUGGACUUCUUUCAGUGUGGAAAGGAUGACCGUCACUAACGCUGUCUUGGCACGAAAAGCGCUUGUUAACCUACCAUGGGGAACGCUAUGAAGAGUACACCAGUUGCAACCAGAAGCGAAAACAAUGCCUCGACCCCUUGUCUGACAAGCAGUGAAAUUUUGGUUGUGAUUCAUGACUACCCCUCAGCGAACAUCAGUGAGCCAAUCUUCAGAACCGGAGAGAAGUUGAAAGUUUUGGCUGAAGAAGGACCAUGGUGGAAAGUAUGUUCGGUUCAGACCGCAGUUGAAAACUACAUUCCAAAUGACCACAUAGCAAAAGUCUACCACGGCUGGCUGUUUGAGGGGGUGGCCCGACAGAAGGCCGAAGAGCUACUGCGUCUGCCAGGAAAUGUAGUCGGGUCUUUCAUGAUACGAGAUAGCACAAAGAAACGAGGUGACUACUCUCUGUCAGUCAGGCACAGAUCAGUGAUGCAUUAUCGUAUCUGUCGUCUUCCAAACAACUGGUAUUAUAUCUCCCCCCGUCUCACUUUCCAAUGCCUAGAGGAGCUCGUUGAUCACUAUUCUGACAUUGCAGAUGGCCUAUGCUGUGUUCUCACUACCCCCUGUCUGGCCUUACCCGCCAAUCCUGGAAACUUGACUUCCCCAGAACCCACGGUGGUAAUGCGCCACCACCUUGACUGGAGCAGCGUGGACAGAACUCAAGGCAACUCCCAGUUAAGCUUUGGGGUACGGCACAGCAUGGCCAACUACCUGUCUCUUGCUGGAUCUGAGGACGCCUGGCAGGGCAAGAGCAAACGCAAAAAGAAAAGUAAAUCUAUUUAUGUAAUGCCAAACUAUGAGUUCAACAGCCUGUCUAUGGAAGAGGACUGAACCCACUGGCGAGUUAAACUCGCCAACAAACGAUGCUGUGCAGCACUGCUGUGGCAUGUUGCAUGUUUGUGUAGGAUCUGGACUGCAUUUCCCAUCAGCAUCUCAACAAGAAAAAAAAAAAUGGCAUGUUAACUCAUCCCUCAAGUUUAGCAGCUGUAUCUCUCUUUUUAAGAAUCACAGUUUUUGCUUGCAUGAUUGGAAAAUACUUUUUUUCCCCUCAGCUUACAACUAAAUUUUCAGACAAAAUGGUGGAGCUGCACUGCUCUUAUUUGCAAUGUAGUGUAAAUGUAGAGUAACAUUUUAAUUAUGUUUAUAUAUAUAUUAAUAUGUUUGUCUAGUUUGCUUUAUCUACUGAACAUUACCUUCUGUGCUCUCAUCCUGAAAGCUGGGCAGAUGUCAGGUUUUGCAGACAUUUUCUGAAUAGCUGGAUGAAUGUAACAUACAGAGACAGCACUUUACAGUAAAAUAUGAAUCUAUGUAUAUAAUAAAGGUGUCUUGAGUACAAAA